AAGUAUGGUUUAAAAGUUAUUAGGAGGUUAUGUAGUCAUUAAACAAGUCAGAUAGUUCUCAUAUCACAAAUGUGUAUGGAGAGGAUUGCUCUCUAAAUCUAUCUUCUCUUAGUCAGAGAACAGUGGAUUACUAAAUUAUAUAUUUUAAUCAUAUUACACACGUGUUCACGCGUGAAAUGAAGCGAUUUUAUCCAUACUGGUUGCAAGCGUCGGGAAGUCAUUGUACGAUGUUCAAAACACUUUGAACAGCUUUCCGAUCGGGAUCUCCUGGGAGAAAGACAUUUUCAAGCUGCGCGAAAAUCAUAUCAUGAAACACAUCACUAUAACAAGAAAAAUAAUUGAUGCAAAAGUAGGCCGGGAUCCUAUUUUCAGAAUUUUAAUUUUCAAUCGAAGCAAGCAUUUUGUUGAUGCGACGAUUUUGCUCACUGAUGAUUUAUAGUUACAUGAGAGAAGCAGCUAUAUUCAUCACCAGAAGCGAAAAUGGAGCGAGGACGAAUUACAUCACGAAUUCCGUCAAUAUCAAGGAUUCCCAAAUGCUCUUGGGCCUGUCGGGAGAUUGGAGUACGUGCGAAAAAUGAUUGUUCUCCAAGCAAGGUAAAGAAAUUGAUUCCAGGGAGUGUAGAAAAUGAAAGUGCAAGCAAACAGAAAUCGGAUAAAAAUCAUCAGAUAUGGUUUUCCAGCUACAAUGAGCCGAGCGAAGAGUGGAUUGAAGACGAAACUCCGCCACAGCUGAUCCAAAGUGACCCCCAGGUAUCGUAUGAGAACUUUAUUGAUUUGAAUACAGAGUGGAUCGAGGAUAUAACUCCUCCGGAGCUGGUUCCCAGUGACACACAGCUGGAGGAUGACGACGAAGAUGUGUGCGACUGGGAACCAAGAGAUAUUUCGGAGCUAGACUAUGAAAUUUUUAUGAAGAUAAAAGCUGAGAGAGAUCUCUGCAAAAUGAAGGCGCAAAACGAGAAACUUCAGCAGGAGAAUCAGCUAUUGAAGGCAAAAAAAGGCGUAAGCCUAAUAAAUCGAUUCUGCUUCCAGUUCCUACUGUUCAUGGUGGGCGAAGUAUCGGAAUCGGUUAGGAACUCAUUCUAAAUUAUUCGCAUUAACUAAAUGAGGGGGUGGAUAUUUGUUGUGUUAAGUUUUCUUGUGUGUGCUAUGUUUGAUUUCCUCCUUGUUGCGAGUUGGAUUAGUUUGCAGAUUUUUUCUAAGUUUUUUCAUAUGUUUAGUUGAUUUUUUAUAUACUCAAUUGUUUUGUGUUCAUGCUCGUGUUUUGUUUCACAUAUCAUUGUUAUGAUAUUUGUUUAGAAUUGGGUUUCUUUUUUUGUUGUCGAGUUUAGUGUUAUAUUUUCAUGUCCAGCAUUUUAUGUCAUGCUUUCAAUUGCCUGUUAGGUUUUCAUUAUUUAAUUAAGAUCAUUAAUCACAUAGAAUUUAUUUAUUGGAGUUUUUCGUUGAAGAUUUCAUUAAUGUUAUCUUUUCUUGCAUGAAAUGAUUUGAGUUCCUGUUCAAGCAAAUCGAAGCCUGUGAACCAGCGAAUCCUAAGGAGCGUAGGAUCAAGCAAAACAAAUGAUAUUUGAUACGGAAGACCACACCGAGGAAUGCAUGAACUUAUUGACUUAUUGACGAACCUGG